ACUUCCUGCAGAGGGACACACAAACAACAUUAAACAAACCCGCACGGAGAUUGAAAUCAUCGUUUUGCCAUUCCACUUACAGACACAUACACAAAAGCACAACCAUCAUGUCGAUGUCAGCGGCGCAUGCGAUGACAUCUCUUAAAGAGGUAAUGCAAUACGCUGAGGAAGGCAUCCACUACGAUGACGACGGGGAGCUUGAACUACUAACGGAGAGAGUGCCCAGCUACUUCGAAGUCAGAGUGAAUGUUCGUGCAAGCAUCGCUGCGAACGGAGAGGAGUCGCUCAGAGCACGGAUGCUAUUGGCACGGUUCACAGAGGCGCGUGAUUUGCGUGUAGACGACAGUGCUGAUACCGGUGCAUACAGCUUGAGAAAAGUGGUUGGUUGGAUGUGCACAAAAGGGAUGUCUGCUGAAGGGGACGUGGAUAUGACAAAGCAACAACAGGGCGGAACAUACACAGCAGAUGAUUUCAAGAAGAUGCUCAUGAAACAGCUGGUGGAUUUCAUGCAAAAGAGUCCUCAGGAUCGGAAUGUCAUACAUAAGGCAUUGCAUGAUGUGACAGAGCAAGCACUGGCGGGCAAGGACCUCGUUAACUACAAGGUGCGGACUGUGGAAGAGGAUGUCAUAUAUGGAACUCCAUUAUGGGAUGGAAUAUUCAUGGAAGCUUUGCAUCGCCUCACCAUCGCGACUUCUGACGUGGACAGAAAGAGGUCAAGGGAGGAAGGAUGGAAGUUGAUCGCCAGGGAAGCAGAUGUUGCACUUCAAGCUGCAGAUGGACACACUUCAUCAGGGGAAGAAAUUGACAGAACAGUCUCUUUCGUGCGUGGGAGCAUCAUCACCGUGUCCAGGGAGGAGGUUGAAGAAGAAGAUGUGUUCAAUGAGAGGACAAUGAUAGAACAACAACGGCGACGAGGGUUCGAAGACUCUUCUUUACCAAUCAAUUUUGACUAUGACAUUGAAGAAACAACAGUGAGGAACAAUGAAAAAGAUGCAAAGCCGCCAACAUAUGAGGUGGAAGUGAGUGGCAGCGAUGUGAGCAGCGACGAGGAGGGUGAGGAGUAUGAUGCGUACUGGGAUAUUGAAGCAGGAGGAGGGCAAGCAUCUAAAGGGUGGGCACAUGCGAUUCGCAGCGAGGCAGACAAAGCAGGGGUGUUGACUCCCGACACAGUGGAGACGUCGUGGGUGACAUGGAGAGAUCUACUUGGAUCUAAGAUAGUGGGAGACGGAAGGGAAAAAAAACGAAGGGAAGGUUGGGGCGUAAGAGGAGAAGCAGGAGGAGAAGACUUUGAGAGGAGUGCUCCGUGGAAGCCAUGUUGAUCCCUCGAGUCUCAAGGUUCAACCAAUUUCAUUCGUCGCGCAAUAGGAAGAUCCUAUUGAU